CUGCGAGAGGGUGAAGGUCUAGCAUAUAACAAAGGAAGCACAAAAAAAAGUGAAAUAAGGUAUUCAGUUGCACAGAAAAGGUGAUUUGAAACAGCGCUUGGACAGAACCAGCGGUAACUACAGCAAACCUUGUAGGUAAGCGCUGAGGAGGCUAUGGUCAGUGUACUGAGUCAGCAUCACUCCAGAUUUGUGUUUGAUCAAAGUGCCUGGGAUCUCACACGGCUGCGAGGACUCGCUCCGCUGGACUCGGUGCGGCUCUAAGGCCGCGAGUGAAAGGUGAAACAAAAGGGUAGCGUGAACUUUGGCACAGUGUAAAUAAAAAUCAAAACAAACAAAGAGACAAGCAAGCAAGCACGAUAUUUCGUAAAAGAGCUUAAGGUUGACUCCAGCUCGGUUAAGAUGCCCCUCAAGAAGUACAUACGUGCCCCCGUUGAGGAGGUGCCCAGCAUCAAGGGGAAGCUGGCCUUCUUCGAGCAGCAAGGCCGAGAAGUAGUGUACGGCGCCAUGAUUCCCGAGCCAGACUACAGCGACGACGAGAGGGAGACGCAGCCCGCCAGCGUCAGCAGUAUGGUCGCUAGGAACAAUAAAGUGAACACAAACAACAGCAACAACAAGGAGCAGGAGAAGGGCCAGCACCCGGCCUCGGAACGGCUGGACGGUCGCGGCCUCAUCAUGCCCAAGAAGCUAGUCAACCCCUGCCUCGAAUCGUCAGACAAAAUGAAUCUCCACAGAGAACUCAAAUUUAAUCAGAAGAU